GGUUCUGGCUCUGGUUCUGACAGAGGUAUUUUGUGGUGAUGACGGACUCUGGGUUGGACUACAUCGAGUUGCUGCAACACGAAGUCACCAAGAACUCAGAUAGGCUGUCGGAUGUGGUGAAGGAUGAGGACCAGGAAGAGGCCCCUCCACACUGCAGGACCCUCCUGGCUCCCUGCUCCAUCCCCCGGAGCCUGGUGAUCUCCUCCGGCCUGGGAGGAACACCGGUCACCCCCCAGCUGACUGAGAGCCUGAGGAGGAUCCUCUUUGGGGCGACUUUUCACGUCUUCAACUACGAGUGGAGGAAGUCCUUCUUCCAGUUCAGAGAACCAGACUCUGAGAUGUCAUACAUCCUGGAGGCCGACAGAGGCGGAGCUCGCGCUAUUCAGAUGGUCAUUCAGGCCCGCAUCAUCAAGUUCCUGCUGUUCAGCCAACCAGGCAGCACAGACAGACGGACGCUGCACAGCCUCAGUCAGCUGCAACAGAGGGACCAGGACAAGGCGCUGGCAGCUGCGCUGUCCGACAGCCUCUGGUUGGCUGGGAAGAAGGAGCGGGCUACUGUUACCCUGGUAACCGAGGACUAUUGCAUCACGCCUCACCUGGACUACAAGCUGGAUGACUUCACGGAGAAGCUGCAGCUGUUCACCUUCGACAGGAAGGACGACGUCUGGAAGUUCAUCCUGGACCACAUUCAGUGUUUUAAAGCAGAGGGGAGUCAUGGAGUCAUCCUGUUCCUGUACAGCCUCAUCUGCUCCCGGACAGUCGACAGACUCAGAGAUGACAUGAGCUCCAACACCUCCCACCUGCUGCACCUCAGCCUGGGAAACUUUGUGUGUCGACAGGCUUUACUGAACCUGCUGCUGACGGGCCGAGCCAGUCCUCACGUCUUCAACGGGACGCUGCAGUGUGGGGAGGACGGCCAGCCUCUGGAGCGCCCCCUGCAGGGAGUCCUGUCCCGCAGCGAUGUGGGGUACCUGCACUGGAGCCGGGAGCAGAUGGAGCGAGGCGGGCUGCCUCAGGUGGGCAGCAUGCUGAAGACCCCCCGGUUCCCGGUCUGGGUUUGCUGCAUCAACUGCAGCCACUCGGUUCUUUUCAGCCUGAACCGGUCCCUGCUGUCCGACUGGAGGAUGGAGCACCAGUUCCAGCUCUUCUACUGCAACGGCCAGAACUCCCAGAGAUCCACGGCCCGCCUCACCGUGGAUACUCACUCCCACCACUGGGAGGCGCCGCCCGCAGAGGCAGACCCGGAGAAACGGUUCCCGUCACUAGAGAUGACCAUCAGGACCAAGUGGGACGGCGCCGCCAUCGACUGGAAUGGUACCGACCCGUUCUACUGA